CCAGGCUAUGCCAUCGACCUCAACGAGUCUGCAGUUGCACAGUAACCGUGUUGCUGUCGAGACGCAUCUGUGUGCAGUAACACCAUCAACAUCAUAAGCAAUUUGACCAAUAUUUUCGAGGUCGGCCAGCGCGAUGACAUCGCAUGAGAAGGCGAAAUACUCGCUGCCACCAGGGACCGAUUCAUCAACCACUCACGCACGCCCCGCUAGAAAAGCUCUACAGGACGAUGUGCGAACCCCUUCAACCCAAAGACGCUAAGUAGUAUGCACCAGUGCAGCACGAGGCUGAUACGCCCUGAGGGACCCUGAGGGACACCAUCCACAAGGCGACCCAGGAUUGAGUAGUGUUGGUUAAUGCGUGACGCAACGCUCAGUGUGCCUCACAUCUUCACUACGAUUCUCGAGUUCCUGUCUCGCGGAAGAUGAGCGGCGCUAUUCAUGGCGCGUUCAACAUAGCCGUUCCAAGUUAUCACGCGAGCGUCAAGGUUGCGGUUGAGCCGUCGAGGAGCGUUGGAGAGGUUAGGGUGCUCAUGAGAGCGUUGCGUUUCAAGAAGUUCUGCUUAUCGGACCGACUCUCCCGCUCUAAUGGCACUUUCCCGAUCUCGGACUUGUUUUCGUUGUUCCGAACUUCACCCUUGACAGGCCUUGACAAACUCCCAUCAGCGAGAGUCGGCUGAGUAGUCAAAGGAAAAGUCAAAGGCUCCCAAGCUGAUAUCGCAUCUUUCCCAUACGUGGCCUGGGUCGGCCGAUCGCUCACCGUAUAUAGGCCCAAAGUCUGAUGUACAGGGGCUGAUUAUUAACGGACCUAUAGUCAGUGCUCGUCACUACCUCUCCAGGAGUG